AUGGUUAGAAAGAGUUUGUACAUUUUGGCUGCUGCCGGGGUAGGAAUCAUAAAGGCCACCACUAACAACGGGGGGCUCUACAUACCCAGUAGUGUCUUGCAGGACCUAGGAAAUACUAGUGGAUGCCUUAUGGUUACAGAGUCAGGAGAUGGGAACUUCAGUAUUGUGCCUAGUGGGAGUCCUGUGUAUAUUGAGCAACAGAAUGGGCACGCCGAAGUGAGCUGGUCUCCUUUGGUUGGAGGAAAUAGAGCAGUGCCUGUAUAUGCACCCAGUGCACAAGAAGUAAGAGAGAGCAUCCCUUCUGCAUCUGGCUUAGAGAUAGUUCAGUACACUGCACCCCAGCAGGAAGGAUUCGUCUCUUCUUCUACGCCUGUGGUUGCAGUUGUUGAGGAGGUUGUGCCUGUUAGUGGCGUUGCUGUAUCUUCUACCUCUUCUACACCUGAAACAAAGAGUACUGGCACCACUACCACUGCUGUAGGAGCCACUGGUGACAAAUCAAAGACUACAACAGGAACUACAAGCGACAAGAGUAAGAGUAGCUCAUCCUCCUCUUCAAAAAAGAAGAAGGGUGCUAAGAGCAUUAUGGCACUUGGAGCAGUUCUAACUACAGCAUUGUUCUCAAUCUUGUGA